CUGACUGGGCAGCUGUGGAUGAAUAAGAGGCAAAUGAGAGAUUCUCCCAAGCAGAAGUUUCCUACCAGAGCCGACAUGGAGCGUCUACAGAGAAGGCUGCCUGUAGCUUUCCUCCUUCUUCUGCCUCUUCUGUCUGUCGACUGUGUCUCCAAUCCAAAAACUACAGUUUCCUGGUGUGUAUUGUCUGUUGCUGAAGAGCAAAAGUGUCUGGAAUUGGCCGGAAACGCUACAGCUCGGAAUAUUAGAGGAACACUGAAAUGCGUCCGUGGCCUGAACACCAGAGACUGUAUGGACAAAAUCAAGAAUGGGACAGCAGAUGCAGCCUCCAUGUUCGCAGAUGACAUUUAUGCCGCUGGCCUCUGCCACGGCCUGGAGCUGGCAGCAGGAGAGUCCCACAAUGGAGUAGAUGGUAAUAGUUACUACGUGGUGGCGACGGCUCGUCGCUCCUCUUCAGACCUGUCCCUGCUGGAGAUGCACGAGCGCAGCUCCUGUCACCCUGGCAUUCGAACCACGGUGGGGUGGACUGUCCCUAUAGGCUACCUGGUCAACACCUCCCAGAUCAGCGUAGGGGAGCAGUGCAACUUCCCCAGAGCGGUCGGAAACUUCUUUGGUUACAGCUGCGUUCCGGGUGUCAAGGACCCCCAGCACGACCCCAGAGGCAACAAUCCCAAGAACCUGUGUGAGGCCUGCAUAGGAGACGAGAACGAUAGACACAUUUGUGCCAACAACCAGAGAGAGCGGCACUACGGAGAGGCAGGGGCCCUGAGAUGUGUGGCUGAAAACCUCGGCGACGUGGCCUUUGUCAAACACACAACAGUCUUCGACAAUCUGGAUGGUAAGAACCAGGAGUCCUGGGCCCUGGAUCUGGAGCUGGAGGACCUGAAGCUGCUGUGCCCGGAUGGGACUGAAGCGGGCCUGGACGAGUAUGGACAAUGCCACCUGGCAGCCGUCCCUGCUAACGCUGUGGUGGUGCGUAUGGAGGACAAGUGCCGCGUUUGGAAGUACCUGGAACGUUUACAGAAUGUGUUUGGCAACGCCACUGAGGGCUUCAGCCUGUUCAGCUCAGCAGGCUAUGGCGAAUCCGAUCUGCUCUUCAGCGAUGCUACCCACCACCUGCAGAGGGUUCUGGGUAGCUACACCUCUUGGCUCGGCCCCUCUUACACCACCAUCCUGCAAGCCUUUGAGUGUGAGGGCUUCUGCUGAUGGAACAGGGGGAAGACAUCAAGUGCAUCAACUUUCAACCCAUCCCUCUGUCUCUGUCUCUGUCCUCCUUCUCUACUUUCCCUCCCUGCCAUCCGUGUCCCUCUGCCUCACCACCUCUCCUCCUUUUGGCUCUGCUUUUUCUGUGUGUUUUCUCCCCUGCAUUUCACCACCCGCUCUACAUUAUUACAUCCUCAUUCUCCUCCAACCUACCACGACUUCUAAUAUGCUGGCUGGCAGGGUAGGACAUCACUAAGAGGGGCUAAUCGGCUAAGAAAAAUUCCAGAAAAAACCUCUAUCCCCGAAAUUGAGCAUGAUUAAAAGGACACUGGGAAGCAAGGACAGGAUAUAGAAAAGAAUAGGACAGAAUUAGAAAACAAUAGAAAAGAAAAGAGGAGCAGGUUAAUGAGUUGUUGUCGUUGUUAUUUUAUUGACAGACUUUUUCUCUUUUUAAAGCAUUUUUAAAAGGAGGAUUUUGAUAAAGAUUUUGGUGGGAUUACACCAUGAGCAAGAAAAGUGUCCAGCAAAAUUGAUUUACGUAUCCAAAAAAAAAAAAAUCCUGUUAACCAUUUCUGCUCUUUACGCUUGUUGGGAAAUUGUGUUCUUCUCAGCUUGUUGCAUUAGUCUGAGCUUCAGUACCACCCUCCCACCCUCUUCCCACAGGGUCUGUCUCUGGCACUGAACAACAGGGUGCUAUUAACUAUGAGCUUGGAAGACUCAGUAACUGUAUGUGUGUGUGUGUGUGUGUGUGUGUGUGUGUGUGUGUGUGUGUGUGCGCGCGUGUGAGUAUACGCUUUUUCCCACAGCCAUUAUUGCCCUAAUUGGCAGUCUGGCAUAUUAUACUGUUUGAGUGUGAGUGAGAGAAAGUGUGUGUGUGUGUGUGUGUGUGCGUGUCUGUACGUUCAUGUGUCUGUGUAUUACUGUGUGUGUGUUGAUAGGACUGCUGCUUUCCCAUGGCUUGUAUAGCUUUCGACUUUGGAUCACUGCUUUCUCACGUCUGGUAUGGUGGACCGGACUGUGCCAGCUCAGUGUAUUGUUACACUAUACAGUUAGGAGAAAGGGGAUUAGGGCUUGGGCUGCCUCCAGUGGCCCCUGAGUGAGUCUUUUUUAAAAGCUUUGAUAAUUUUCUCAUCUGUGCCUCAACCCAAAUUCCCGAAACAUGCUCUCUAAAACCUCCUCUGUCUCUCCUUCUUCUGUUUUUAUCCACAUUUUAUAACACGAGGGAAUAUGUGUUUUUCUACGAUAUGCCAUUUAUACUUUAACAUUGCUACCAAUAGGGAGACGCUGAUAUGAUAGAUGGUAAUAGCUACUAACAGGACGAUGUUCGAGGCCGGUAUUACAAGCAGAAAUUAGUCUGUGCAGUGUGUAGUAUUGUCAUGGAGGAGAGUGUAACUGAAUUAAUUUGAUAUGGAGAAAUGGUGAUAGCCAAGAAAAUGCAUGAGAUCAUUUAUUUUUUCUGACAUGUUUCAGUCACUGUAAUUAAAGGAAACCAGCAGCCUGUUUAAAAGCCUUACUUGACACAAAGAAUCAUGUACUGUAAAAAAUGUAUAACAGACUGUAAAUCUGGGCUUUUGUCACUCCACUUCUAUUAUUUCAUUCGCUUUCUGCACCACAGAGCUGGACAAUAAAAUGAUAAACUGGAUGAAGUUCUCCUCAUCAACCUGUAGUGGUUGACCUCAUCAUACUGGAGGAAAUCCAACCAGUUAGAACUCGUACAACAGACUGAUUUUACAGUCAUUUUCUGAGAUUAUGGGGACUUUGUUUUGAAACAAAACCCAAUGCCUUCCUUUUGAAUUGUCACGAUUAAUCUCCUUUAGCAGACUGCAUGUGUUACAUUUUUUGCUUUUGAUGGCAAAAAAAAAAACUCCCCAAGUGUGAACGUGCAAGAUGAAAGACGCCACAAUUCUUGAGAGAAGCUGUGUUUUUCACCUCAUUAGUGAUGGGUAAAGGCAAAUCUGUUGUUCUAAUUCAACUCCGGUUUGUGCCAUUGGUGCCGUUUGUUUUCACAUUUGUCGGACAGUCCUAAAAGAGGCCUGAUGUAAAUACUCCUCACUCUUCGCCUGAAUUUGUAGAGCUGCAAACCUUUUUUUUCAACCAAUUAAAUGAAUGAUGAUAAAGAAAAUAAUCCUCUCUUCCUUUCUGGCUGACUUCUAA